AUGGAGCUCUUUCCGACAAUAGUCGAUGACAAUGAAGUACGCUACUGCUUCAUCUUACCCUCGUCAGCAUCUACAAGGACCCAAGACGAGCUUUUGGAGGAAGCACGACAGCAGUGUAGCGUUAUUUUAGCCUAUGCAGCUCAACAGACACAUGGAUUUAUCUGGCACAAACAUCGCUUUCACCUUGAUGUUGUUUUGACCAGCAGCAAUCGUCCAAUUUUAUCAGGUCGGACCAAUGUUGGCGAUGCCAUACAAGACGAGUGGGUCAUAGCUAAGCUUGUGUUUGACAUCACUCGCACGUUCCCAGGUGUCGUUGGACGAGUUUUUGACUCCGAUGGGGAAUUUCUACUUAUUGAAAGCGCCGAAGCUCUACCUGAUUGGGUUACACCCGAGACUAGUGACCGGCGAACAUUUGUGGUCGAUGGGAAGCUCCAUCUUGCACCUCUUACAGCUGACACUAUUCAACGUAAAGAUGCACAAUUUUACGACGAAGACGCAUUAGUACAAGUGCUCGACCUUCAAGUAAAGACUGAGGCAAGUGGUUCGAUACAACGUCUGAUCUAUCGAAAGCUCGAUCAGAUACCAACAUACAUGCAUGACAAUAUUCAUCGAGUCAGAUGUCUUCUGCCAGAAAAAGUGGCUACAAUCAUUUCAAGCAAUCAUGAAUUGGUAGGAGCUGCAGUUGAGGCGUUUUACUAUCGAGAGCCAAAAGAAGCAGGAGCGAUAUGGAAAAACAUGACAUUUUUACAAUCGGGAGACGCAGUCGUAGAGAUACAAAUUAAGUUUUCAAGAGCUCAAUAUGCUCAACUUAAGCAGCAGCGUUUCUAUCCACCAAAGGCGUUUCUACAAUUUAGUACACGCUAUGGUAUCCUUGAGGCAAAACAUCAAGAAACGAUCCAUCCAGACAAUCAAGCAGCGGAUCUUGGGAUGAAACUUGCUUGUGGUCUUGAGCUUCUAUAUGCUGGAGACAGCCAAGAUCAGUUUCAAUGCCCAUGGAAGACGGUUAUCCAGAAAUUACUACACCAAGCACGAGAUACUGAGAAAUUUGCUGAUCUCCACAUUGGACCAGACGAUGAUGAUUCGUGGUUGUAUUUGCAUCCCGAUACGUUAGAACAAAAACUACAACGUGUUGCAGAGACAGAUGAAAAAGCUGCGUCUGGUGUGGAUGAACUACAUAAUAUGGCUAGUGUAUUUCGUAAAUUUGUACAGGGUGUGUCGGAUAUCGAAGGUGUGGAAGGGUACGAACCUGUUCAUUUUGAUCCCGAUGCUUUUAUGAAGCUUUUAAGUGCGAAUGAAACAAGUGGUAGAGGUGCAGACUUGAGUGCGCCUUGGGGUGAGCACUUUAUGGAUGAAGACGAGUCCAGUCAAAGUGAUAGUGAUGAUGAAAGUGCGUUGGAUGACGUAAUGGCUGAAAUGGAAGCAGAACUGGCAGGAACCAAAGUCACACAAAGUUUUGAGCACUUAUCGAUGAAAGAUACUCAUCAAAAUAUUUCAACUUGCCAGAAAGAGUCGAUUGAAGUUGACGCACCGUCUAAUUCGUCGAUAAAGCCGCUGGAUCUUGACUUUAAUUUGGUGUCAAAUUUGCUGGAAUCCUUAGCAUCUCAAGAAGGUCACGCUGGACCUGUGAGCAACAUCUUGAGUCAAAUGGACUUUCCAAGUAGUUAA